GAGCUGGUUCUCCACCCCGGAGGGCGCUGCCGACCAGUCAACUCGGACAGACAGACGGGAGACCGGAGACGGGGGUGCGCGCAGUACGUGAUCGUGGCCGAGCGGGCUCAGUCUGACGGCUUCACUUGUCGACGGAAAGUCCGAAUAAAAGCCAACUUUGCCGAGUCGGGGGCAAGCGGAGUGCAUUUCAGUGUAAAAGGGGGGCUCUAAAUGCCUUGACGGGAAACGAAGCGCCGCUCCUGAGAACCCGUCAGCCGCGAUGAACCCGGACGACAACGAAGUGGGCAUCUUUACUGUCAUCCACCACAGGACCAAAUCCUCCGGCUGGCCGCCCCCUUCAGGGACGUGGUCCGCCUCGCAGGGAGCCCCCAAUGGAUGGGACACGGGCGCCAAUAGAGAGGGGCGUGACUGCUACUUCAACCAAUUCAGUCAGAGCAUCUCCCUGGAAGAGGUCCGCCUAGAUGGAGACAAGUUUGUGCCGCCAGCACCCCGGAAGGUGGAGAUGAGACGAGACCCAGUGCUCGGCUUUGGCUUUGUGGCGGGCAGUGAGAAACCUGUGGUGGUCCGCUCAGUCACACCAGGGGGCCCAUCAGAAGGCAAGUUAAUCCCAGGGGACGAGAUCAUCAUGAUCAAUGAUGAGCCUGUCAGUUCUGCACCCAGGGAGAGGGUUAUUGACCUCGUCAGGAGCUGCAAAGAGUCCAUUUUGUUGACCGUCGUUCAGCCGUACCCAUCACCCAAGUCGGCAUUCAUCAGUGCAGCCAAGAAGGCCAAGUUAAAGACCAACCCUGUUAAAGUCCGCUUUGCCGAAGAGGUCAUCAUCAAUGGCCAGCUCCCUGAAACUGUGAAGGACAACUCUCUUCUUUUUAUGCCAAAUGUUCUGAAGGUCUACCUGGAGAACGGUCAGACUAAAUCGUUUAAAUUUGACAGCAACACUUCUAUUAAGGAUGUCAUCUUGACCCUGCAAGAGAAGCUUUCCAUUAAGAGCAUUGAACACUUCUCUCUGAUUCUGGAGCAGCGAGCCGAAGGAUCAGCCAGCAGGCUCAUGCUCCUGCAUGAGCAAGAGAUGCUAACUCAGGUGACAAAGAGGCCAGGGUCAAACAAGAUGAAGUGUUUUUUUCGCAUCACUUUUGUCCCAAAGGACCCCCUCGAGCUGCUUAGAAGAGAUGCAAUAGCAUUUGAGUACCUCUAUGUCCAGAGCUGUAAUGAUGUUGUACUGGAGAGAUUCGGGUCGGAGCUAAAAUAUGACACUGCUCUCCGUCUCGCUGCACUGCAAAUGUAUAUUCUAACCAUCAGUACCAAGCAGUCGCAAAAAGUGUCCCUCAAGUACAUCGAGAAGGAAUGGGGUCUAGGCUUGUUUCUGCCCCCUGCAGUGCUGUCAAGCAUGAAAGAGAAGAACAUCAAAAAAGCCCUUACUCACAUCCUCAAAACCAACCAGAACCUGGUUCCGCCUGGUAAAAAGCUAACUGCCUUGCAGGCUAAGGUCCAUUAUCUGAAGUAUCUCAGUGACUUGAGGCUCUAUGGAGGCCGAGUGUUUAAGUCCACACUUAUUCAAGGCGAGAAGCACACAGAUGUGACUUUGCUGGUCGGGCCCAGAUAUGGCAUUAGCCAUGUGAUUAAUACCAAAACCAAUCUGGUGGCACUUCUGGCUGAUUUCAGCCAUGUCAAUCGCAUUGAGAUGUAUGCAGAAGAUGAAAACAAAGUCCGAGUGGAGCUCCAUGUUCUGGACGUUAAGCCCAUUACUCUGUUAAUGGAAUCUACUGACGCAAUGAAUCUGGCCUGCCUGACUGCUGGCUACUACAGAUUACUGGUGGACUCUCGGCGUUCUAUCUUCAAUGUGGCCAAGAACACUGACAAUCAUGCAGCCAGGAUAAAGCAGAACUACCAGCCCAUUGAAUGCACGUACAGCAUGCCACAAAAGGGAUAUGAAGACAGGAACAACCAGAGGUGCAGCCAAGACUUUUCAGACCCGGAGUUUGAAUACUUGGAACGUGGCAAAUGUGAAGGCCCACCAGCCUACAUGGCAGAGCUCCACCAGGCUCAGCACUCAAUACAUAUGGCAGAAAGAGCAGAGUUCUGCCGGUUACCAUGCUCCCAAACAUACCUUAAUGUCCCAAGAACCAAAGACCAAGAACCCUCUAGGAGUGCAAAAGUAUCUUUCAUAUUUGGAGAUCCUCCCUUAGACACUGUUAACCCCCAAAAUCUCGGCUACCAGAGACUGAUGGACGAAAGUUCAGAAAUAAUAGACAAUCACAGCCCCGUGUACAGGCGUCUUGAUGAGGACUACAAGAUGAUGGACGCCCUUGAAGACGGCGAUGGGUAUCAAUAUUCAACCAAAAUGUUCGAGGAGCCGUUGCUGCACGAUAUCUGCUAUGCAGAAACAACAGAUGAUGCUGAAGACGAGGAUGACAUCAGCUGCGAAGAGGACAUUAUGAUGAGUGACAUUGACAAACCUGCAUUGCUCUCCCUCUCAGAGUCCAGUGAUGACAUCAUUGACUUGACCUCCCUUCCACCGCCACCAGAGGGCAACGAUGAGGAGGAUAAUGACGUACUGCUGCACUCUCUUAAUCUGGCCAUCGCUGCUCCUCCUCCUGGCUUCAGGGACAGCUCAGAUGAGGAGGAGCACCAGGAGGCUGGGAAUCAGGCCCAGGGGGGCCGCAAUGAUAUCCCAGUGUCCCUCAUAGAUUCAGUGCCCGUCCGUAGAGCACAGAACCAGGGGGAGCCCUUCGACGAUGCUGUUGUGUCUACUUUGCAGGCACUUGAAGCCCUUGCUGCAUCUGAGGACCCCGCACAAUCUGAGAACAACACAGGUGUACAAAUGUUACGAGCGUUUAGUCCCGAGUCAUCAGAUUCUGGCAAUGAGACCAACUCGUCUGAGAUGACGGAAAGCUCCGAGUUGGCCAUCGCACAGAGGCACUCGGACAACCACCUGAGGAUGCAUGUAGGUGUGACGGAUGUUUACCACACCACCAAUGAUGAAAAGACAGAGGCACUUGGCGAUGGCGGAGCCGGGACUGUGCAGGAGCAUCAGGUUGAGGAGCUCAAAUCUGCUGCCACGGCUUCCUCCCAGCUUUUCCACUCAGAUGGUGGUGAGAUGGAGCCAGAGACAAUGGAAAACAAAUCGGUCAGUGACUACUUCACUAAGAUGCACAUUGGCUCACUUAUGAGCAGGCACGGAGGGAAACAGCGGGAGCCAGAGAACCGAAUCCAAAGAGAGAUGUGUAAUUCCUCUGAAAGAUGUCAGGUGACCUCCCAAGAGCUAGCUAAAGAAGAGGAGAUGCAUCUUGUUGGAAAGUACAACACGUUCACUGUGAGAGAUUCCUAUUAUGUGAAUCAGCUCGAUCUGGGACGAACUCCACUCCAAGACCAGCAUCGAAAAUGGCUGCACAGAGCGCCCGGAAAAAAAAUGGACGAGACUCUCUCUCCAGAAUAUGUGAAUGAGUCAGAGGCCUCCCACACAGACAGGUUGACAGUGAAGGGAGGGAAACAGGAUUCGGAUGAAAGAAGCCAACCGUCAAAUGCCCAACUUCGCUCUCCCUCUAAAGAACCGGAGGUGGCUGAUACUUCACGGGACGGUGAGCAGCAGAUUAAGAAUACGCCGUCGGAUCAAGAUGUCACAAGACUAUACGAAUACCACUUGAGCAAGCGCAUGUCAUCCUUGCAGAGUGAGGGGGCUCAUUCUCUUCAAAGUUCACAAUGUUCCUCCAUAGACGCCGGCUGUAGCACGGGCAGCAGCAGUUGUGUCACUCCAAUGGAUUCCCCUCUCUGUGCUACAGACAACACACACAUACUGUCCGAGUCCUCGCUAAAGGGGCUGAGUUAUGUAACCUCUGCUGAGGAAAAGGCCUAUGUUCCCAUAGGCCAAAAUAAGGAGCACACGCCACUGAGGAAGAACCAUGUACCCAACAGUGCAGAGGCCGGGUUUGGAAAUAGCCGGGACAGCGGUCACAGAUUGUCUAAGAUCAAGGAAACCACAGCCUGCGCACAGCAGUGGACGGGUGGAGAAGAGUCAUCUUUAAGUCUCUGUCACGAGAGCAGCAACACCACUACAGCCAUGUCACCAUCGUUAUUACAAAGCUGCACACAGCACAGUGGGCUAGUUUGCGCCCGACCAGAGUCCGACCCACAUGCCUUGCUUUACCCCUCGAGCGCAUCCUCCUGUGACAUUCUCAAAGGCAGCCUCAGGAAGCCACGCAAGGUUCACAUGCACAGGAGAAGCUGGAGCACCCUAAUGCAAGGCUCCAGGAGCUUUGAGGCAUUGUUGGAGAGGACCAAAGCCACGUUUACGGGGAAGAGUGGUGGCCAGAGUCCAGAGUCCCAACAUGGAGCAAAAGUCCAGCGCGUAUCGUAUGCCAAAACCGUCCCCAAAAGUUUCUCUCAUGGUUCAGUUGCCUCUAAUUCAGCAUGUGGAAGACUGCCACGGUCGCCGACAACGCGGCUGGAUGCAGGUGCACUGAGAUGCCACGGGCCGGUCACUUGCUGCUUCAUUCGUAGACCGAAGAACACAGAGCAUGCUGACAGGGAGCCCUCUCAGCUCGUGUUCUCUGACAAGAGCGUCGCAGUGAAAGGCAUGAAUCUGGACGCGAGGUUGGCUCGUGUAAAUUCAAUGAAGGGCAAGACCUAUAGCCUUCGCACAGGGUUUGCACUCGCACGGACGGACGCCUUGGAGAUUGUUGGCUUGCUGCGUUCCAGCCACACAUCUAGGGGCGGCAACGCGCCGGCCGGCAACGCUGACAUGGCGACAUUCUCCCAACUGCUCGUCACGCAGGCCAAAGUGCUGAGCGGUGCCUGCGGUCAGAUGGCUGCGGAGUACGGCAGCCCGGAAGAGCUGUUGCUCACUCUGACCCACAGCUUUCACACACUCUGCUGCCUAACGCAGGCCUGCAUGUCCUUAGCGGAAGGCCUACGUGGCGACAUGGAGCGGCGCGAAGUGGUAGCCAAGGUGGACGAAGUUGUCAUCAACUACGUGUGUCUGCUAAAAACCGCAGAGGCGGCUAUGGCGAGCGCCCUCGGCGAUCCAAGCGUGGAAGCGUUGACGUAUCAGUCUGCCAACAUGUCGGCUAUCAUAAACACACUAAUUCAUUUCAUGACCACACUGAGCAACAAAUAACCUAUUGAUUUUAAAGCCAUACAAACGUACGGAGCCCCUAAAGGGACAUGGAGGGAAAAAAAUGUUUUGCGAGAUCUCGCAAAAAAGGUUUUUUCCUAUGAACCGGAAGUAAAACAGACACAGCGAUGGUGAACCGGAAGUGAAACAGACACAGCGAUGGAGGAGCCUACCCAUCAUCCGUGGGAGAAGUUUAUUGAUUUCUAUUUUGUCUGUCUGUUUCACUUCCGGUUCACUGACAUAGGAAAAAAAGUAUUGCGAGAUCUCGCAAAAAGUAUUGCGAGAUCUCGCCAAACAUUUCCUUCCCUCCAUGUCCCUUUAGGGGCUCCGUACAAACGAGACAUGGGUGUGACCACAAUGUGAAGUGCUGUGUCAAAAGAAAUAUAUUGCCUUGUGUACACACUAUUUUAUUUUAAAACAUUUAGAAAUUAAAUGUAUGAUUCACAUAAUUUUAAAAAGAUUUAAGCCUUCUAAGAUGCAUAUACACCCAAGUAUUUAAGAGUAUAUACUAAUAAUUAUUACAAUUAUUUAUAGAUUUCAUUACAGACUUCUAGAUCAUAAAAAAUCAUCAUAAUAUUCUGUUUAUAAAAUGGAAAAAUAUAUAUUAUGUUGGAGAAAUACUGUGUACAGCUCUUGACAAAUCAUUGCACAGGACAUCAUCAAAUUAAAAGAAUGCACUUUUUCAUGUUCUGGGUACUUACUUACAAGGACACUGUGUACACUUUCCUGUUAUUUUUUUGACGCAUUAAAGAGAUAGCAAAAUUAUAAAACCUCAAACGAGUCUACUUUCUUAUGUUCAUCCUAUUGCACUUUUGUGUGUUUGCAAACCACAUUAUUAAAUUUGUGUUGGUAAAUGUGCAUUAUUCACAGACAAAGUUGCUGUGUGAUUUCAUAACUGUGCCCAUUCUGCGUUUACCUAUUACUCCGGCCUGAGUGGCGGUGACGCCUUCUGGAAUUACUUAUGCUGAUGGGCUCCUUUAGCAUAAGUGUGCAGAG